CUGUCAACUAUUUUUGCAAAGGGAGCCAUAAUUAUGGCGUUCUUUUUGCAAUUUUCUUUUCGUAAAUAAAUAAAGUGGUUUGAAUUGAUGCUACUCCGUAAACAAAUAACGCUGUUUUGAAUCCUACAAAUCCGACCCCAUCUCGUUUACAAGAAUCAUCCCCCAAUUCCCCAUCGUCUUCUCCACUUUCCGUCCAAAUCAGGAAGCUGAAGAGAAUCUUGUGAUCGUUGAGCGUUUGGAGAAGUAGAAAUGGCGGAUCAGUUGACUGACGACCAGAUCUCUGAGUUCAAGGAGGCAUUCAGCCUUUUCGACAAGGAUGGCGAUGGUUGCAUCACCACCAAAGAGCUGGGAACUGUGAUGAGAUCGUUAGGGCAGAACCCUACGGAGGCGGAGCUGCAGGACAUGAUCAAUGAGGUGGAUGCCGAUGGCAAUGGGACCAUCGACUUCCCGGAGUUCUUGAACCUCAUGGCCAGGAAAAUGAAGGACACUGAUUCAGAGGAAGAGCUGAAGGAGGCGUUCCGUGUUUUCGACAAGGAUCAGAACGGUUUCAUUUCUGCUGCCGAGCUGCGUCACGUGAUGACGAACCUUGGGGAGAAGCUGACUGAUGAGGAAGUCGAUGAGAUGAUCAGAGAGGCUGAUGUGGAUGGAGAUGGACAAAUCAACUAUGAAGAGUUUGUCAAGGUCAUGAUGGCCAAAUGAAUACAAUGAUGUUGUGCCCAUCUCUCGACUCUCUCUAUAUCAUGGUUUCAAGGUCUUUACUCUUUUGAUUGGUCUGCUGCUAUAGUCUUUUGUUUAUUAUGCCAUUUGUGAUUCCUUAUCAUCUUGUAGUUUGUGAAUCUUGUUUGGGUCUCAUUUCGACAUGAUACCCUUUUUCUUUUCAUCUUGUAUGGCACUGCUUGGAGUUUAUAAGAAGGGGUUUUAU